CCAGCGUUCUUCGGCCCCGCCUGGGGGAAACAGUCGCGCAGCGAUGACGUCGCGGGGGCCUGGCUGGGCGUCGCGGACUCCGGAGAUGGAGGAAAAGGAGCUGCUGCGGCGGCAGAUCCGCCUCCUGCAGGGUCUAAUUGAUGACUAUAAAACACUCCAUGGCAAUGGCCCUGCCCUGGGCACCUCAGCUACUCGAUGGCAGCCACCUGUUUACCAGGGUGGCAGGACCUUUGGUGCCCGCUACUCUCGUCCGAGUCGAAGGGGCUUCUCCUCACACCAUGGCCCUUCAUGGCGCAAGAAAUACUCCCUUGUGAAUCAGCCUCUGGACCCUUCGGACCCAGCCAGUGACCAUGCUUUGCAGGCAUCCAUCAGGUCUGGGGACAGCCAGCGUCCUGACCCCCAGCAGUAUGUACUGGAGAGACAGGUCCAGCUCAGUCCAGAUCAGAAUAUGGUUAUUAAAAUCAAGCCACCAUCAAAGACUGGACCCACCAGUGCUUCAGGGGCCCAGCGGGGCUCCUUGGAAGACUAUGAUGAAUCCUGGAAUGACCACAGACCCCAGGGAAGUGAGGUUGAGCUCCCUGGUGGACAGCUGCAGCCUGCAAGGCCAGGAAGAACCAAGGUGGGUUACAAUGUGGAUGACCCCCUUCUGGUCUGCCAGAAGGAGCCUGGCAAGCCUCGGGUGGUGAAGUCUGUGGGCAGGGUUAGUGACAGUCCCUCUGAGCAUCGGCGGACGGUCAGUGAAAGUGAAGUUGCCAUCAGGGCACACUUCCCGUCCUCCAUCGUGCACCAACGUGCUGGUGUUGCCCUGGGCCGGAAAGUAGGCCCUCAUUCUGCAAGCUAUGCUGAACAGCUCAUUGGAGACCAAAGAGCAAAUACUGGCCAUGCUGACCCGCCAGCUUCCUUGGGUUCAGUGGUGGCUCCGGUCAGACCAGCAACAGGAACCAGGCAGGUCAGGGAGGCCUCACUGCUAGCGUCUUGUCGGACCAGCAAGUUUCGGAAAAACAACUACAAAUGGGUGGCUGCCUCAGAAAAGAGUCCACGGGUCGCUCGGAGGGCUCUCAGCCCCAGAACAGCUAUGGAGAGUGUGAACAAGGCCACUUUUGGCACAGUUGGAAAGACAGAGAAGCCACAGCCUAAAGUUGACCCAGAGGCCAGGCCUGAGAAACUGGCCACAUCAUCCAAACUUGGACCAUCUCCCAGCAAAUACAAGUGGAAGGCUUCCAGCCCCUCUGCUUCUUCCUCUUCCUCUUUCCGUUGGCAGUCAGAAGCUGGCAGCAAGGACCACACUUCUCAGCUCUCCCCAGUCCCAUCUCGAUCCCCUUCAGGGGACAGACCAGCAGUGGGACCCAGCAGCUUGAAGCCCCUCUUUGGAGAGACACCGCUGUCAGCGUACAAAGUGAAGAGCCGUACCAAGAUUAUCCGGAGGCGGGGCAGUACCAGCCUUCCAGGGGACAAGAAGUGCAGCCCCUCAGCCACCACCACCACCAGAAGCCAUCUCACCCAGCGGCGGAGACAGGCCCUCCGGGGGAAGAACAGCCCCAUUCCGAGGAAGACUCCCCACAAGGGUCUGAUGCAGGUCACCAGGCAUCGGCUGAGCUGCAUGCCAUCCAACCGGGCCCACCUCUCCACCAAGGAAGGUAUGACAGAGAGGAGGGCUUUAGGCACUGGCUGAGGAUGAGCUGCACUC